AUGGGUUUUUUCAAUAAUUUCGUCAAUGAUGUCGAAACCAUUGUUAAUCGCUUUGAAGAAGGGAUAUCGGUGAUCAUGAAUGGGGAGAACCCAGAUGUUCAAUCUGAUGAGCUUCCACGGCAGGAGGGAACGGGGCAUCGUAGUGGAGCGUUUUCCGACGAAGCGAUAGCAAGCCUUGAUGAAGACGAGCUUCGGGCGUUGCUUCAAGAGCAUGAGAAUAUUUUUGAGACUUCGCCGCUAGAAGGCAUCGCAGAUGGGGUGAUCAGCGAUAUUAUGAAGAACAAGGCUGUGGGCCCGUCCACAUCACUGGAACACAUUGAAGCUUUCGGAAGUGCUAUAACAUGGUCGGAAAGUUUUAUUCAAUGUCUCUUGGCAUUUCAAAUUUUCAUGUUCUGCCUUUGUCUUUGGGUUUCGAAAAGAGACCGUGGUUUGACAGUUCGCGUCACUGUCAUGGUGAUGAUUGGGAUAAUCGUUCGAUCGGCAGAGUGGAUGAAUCGACAAGGGUCCUUGCGCUGGAAGCAUUUUUGUACGCAGAACUAUUUUGAUCGUCGUGGAAUCUUCAUGGGCGUAAUGGUGUGUGGUCCCCUGCUCUUUGAUUGUGUCAUCAUGCUUGUGUUUUUUGUUCGAGAAGCCGGAUUGCUCUUGGUGCAAGUCAAACGGAAAGAAAUUGUUCAGAAACAAGCAAAAUCCAGUAAGCCCAAGACCGAUCCGAAUACUGCGGAAAGCAAGAAAUCGAAAUAA